AUGACUCUCAAAUUAGCUUAUGUUAAUCUAAUCGUUUUGUCUAGUAGCAAUCCCUCCUGCUUUGCUCCUAUUUCUUAUGACGAUCUUCCAACGUUUCUUCUAAUUAACAACUCAAUUACAAAUCUUAGUUUACAUAAGUUUCAUAGUCAAGAUUUGAAUUUACUUUCUGCUUUGCCCUGUUCUAUUCACCUUGCUCUCCAAUGUGCUUUGGCCUUGAGGAGUAACGAAAAUGACAAACUGGCUUUGCUUGCUUUGAAGAAACAGCUCGUUGGUGGUUCUUCUGGACCUCUAAGUUCAUGGAACACUUCACUCCACUUUUGUGAGUGGGAAGGUGUUCGAUGUGGUCGUCGGCACCAAAGAGUAAUCAGCUUUAACGUGAGUAACUUGAACUUAGUCGGCAUCAUAUCUCCUUCAAUCGAAAAUUUAACCUUCCUCAGAGAAGUUAACUUUUCUCAUAAUAGGUUGCAAGGAAGUAUACCCAGGGAACUUGGAGAUAUUCCUUUCCUCUUAGGGAAUAUGAAGAAUCUCAUUGAACUUCAGCUUUCUUUCAAUAAUUUGAUUGGGGGUAUUCCAUCUUCUUUUGGAAAUCUUUCAUCCUUGUUUGUCCUCUCUUUUGAAGGUAAUAAUUUGGAGGGAACUAUACCUAAUGCUCUGGGCAGAUUCUCUAACUUGAAAUACCUUUAUAUUGGUGGAAAUAACCUGUUCGGUUCAAUUCCUUCAAUUUAUAAUCUUUCUUCCAUGAUGGUUAUUGAUGCGUCAGACAACAAAUUAUCUGGGAGGCUUCCACCCGAAAUCGGCCUUUCUUGUCAAAAGCUUGAAGCACUAUUUAUCGGAAUUAACCAGCUCACUGGAGCAAUUCCAAGGUCAAUAUCCAAUAUCUCUAGCUUGCAAGUAUUUGACAUUGCCUUAAAUGGUAUCAGUGGAUCAGUUCCUAAUAAUAUGGGAAACCUUAAGAAUCUUCUGGUGCUGACCAUUUCUGCCAACGUCCUUGGAAGUGGGAAAGCAGGAGACCAUCUUUUAUUGGGAGGAAAUCAGAUCACUGGAAGUAUUCCUGAAGGAAUUGGCAAUCUCGUCAACCUCGACAGGUUGGAUAUGGAGGGAAACUUUCUUGUUGGAGAAAUUCCUAUUUCCAUUGAAAUCUUCAAAAUCUUGAAAAUAUCUGAGCUUUAUUUAUCCAAUAACAAAUUUGAAGGAGCAAUUCCUUUAUCACUCAGGGAUUGCAAAAAAAUGCAGAAGUUAGACCUUGACCAAAAUAAACUCAAUGGGAGUAUUCCAAAUCAGCUAUUGGGUGCUUUUGAAAGUUUGAUUUAUCUUAAUGUCUCUCACAACUCUUUCACUGGCCUCCUUCCAUCAGAUUUGAGUAAUUUAAAGAAUCUCGUAGAAUUAUACGUUGAUAAUAACAGUUUCUUUGGUGAAAUUCCCAAGGCACCUGAUCUCUCCAAUAACAAUUUGUCUGGCACCAUACCACCUGAACUUCAAAAACUUCCAUUUUUAGUGAGUUUAAACCUUUCUUUCAACCAACUAGAGGGUGAAGUGCCAAAAGGAGGGGUUUUUAAAAAUGUUAGUGGAUUUUCAUUUUUCGGAAAUGAAAAACUUUGUGGGGGGAUUCCAGAAAUAGAGCUUCCAAAUUGCUUCACAAAGGCAAGGCAAAGGUUUUGUCAACCAAAGUCAUUAUUGCUAAUGAUAUUCACCAUUCUACUUGGCUCUAUUUUGGCUGUGCUUCUUGUUUAUCUUUCCUGGAGAAGGAAGUGUGGAAGUGCACUUAUCCCCGUAGCUCUGUUCGAUGAUGGCUUCCUGCGUCUAUCCUACAAGGAGCUUCUUCAAGCCACCCAAGGUUCCGCUUCUUCAAACUUGGUUGGCAGUGGAAGUUUCGGCUCUGUUUAUAAAGGAGUUCUUCAUCAACAAGAAAAGCCUGUUGCAGUGAAAGUAUUUAACCUUCAAAACCGUGGGGCUGCGUGGAGUUUCAUGGCAGAAUGUAUGGCUUUAAGAAAAGUUCGACGUCGAAAUCUUCUCAAGAUUAUAACUUCUUGCUCAAGCAUUGAUUGCCAGGGCAAUGAUUGCAAGGCUUUAGUUUUUGAAUUCAUGCCUAAUGGAAGUUUAGAAAGCUGGUUAUAUGAGCAACAUGAGUCAAGGUAUUUGAACCUUGUUCAAAGGUUAGGCAUUGCUACAGAUGUGGCCAAUGGAAUAGAUUACCUUCAUUAUGAUUGUGAGAGGCCGAUUGUUCAUUGUGAUUUAAAGCCUACUAAUGUCCUUGAUGAUGACAUGGUCGCACAUGUUGGUGAUUUUGGAUUGGCUAAGCUUCUGUCUAGUGACAUCGGCAAUCUGGGUACUGAUCAAACAAGUUCCUCAAUGAUGAAAGGAACAAUUGGUUACGUUCCUCCUGAAUAUGGCAUGGGUGGCAUGGUAUCUCCAGAAGGUGAUAUUUACAGCUAUGGUAUUCUACUCUUGGAGAUUUUCACAGGAAGGAGACCAACAGAUGAUAUCUUUCAUGAUGGCUUAAUCCUUCAUAAUUUCUGUAAAAUGGCACUGCAAGAAGGGUUGAAGGAGAUUCUUGAUUUUCGCCUGCUUGAACAAAUUUAUCAAUACGGGCAGAGACUUAGAAGUCGACCAAACUUGGAAGGACAGAUAUGGGAGUGCCUUGUUUCUUUCACUAAAGUUAGACUGGUAUGCUCUGCAGAAGUACCUGGUGAUAGAAUGAGCAUAAAAGAUGCUAUCAAGAACUAA